GGGCGGGGUGUGGGGAUGGACAGACGGCCCCAGAAGUUGCUUCCUGCUAAUAUCAGCCCCGCCCCCGUGACCCCACCCGCUGGGGAGGGACAGUCUGGGUGUGGGUGCAGCCGCACAGACUGUGCAGGGGGCACCCAGAAAGGUCCGGUAGCCAAGGCUCUGCCCGGUGGCCCGGCUCGGGAGAUGCAGGUCUGCAGCGUGGGGAGCUGCCUCCUGGCCAUGCUCAGCCUGGUGCUGCUCUGCAUGGCUCUGUUCACCGACUACUGGCUCGUAGCCUACGGCCCCAAGAGCACGUCCCACAGUGGGCUCUGGCAGUCCUGCGUGGACAACGUGUGCGGGAGCCCAGACCAAAUCCUCGAGUAUAUACAAGCCACACAGGCCUUCCUGAUCCUGGCCACGCUGGCCACCGCCGCGUCCCUCCUGUUCCUCCUGUUCUCCCUCACAUCCUGCGUCCAAAGCCCUGUGAGCACCAACCUCCUGGCUGCCAUCACUGCCUUUGCCGCCGGCACCUGCACCCUCAUUGCCAUGGGCGUGUACAGCGGCGAAUCGUGGCACAAGAACCAGGACACGAUGAUCCAGCUGACCUAUGAAUGGUCCUUCUACCUGGGCUGGGCCGCCCUGCCGCUGCUGGGUCUGAGCGGUACCUUUGCCCUUGUGGCCCACCAGCGCCACUUGGGGUACGAGCGUCUGUGACCGGAGCCGCGGAGAGAUGGGGGACUGGAUGGACCCCCCAAAAGGCCGCUGCUGUCCCCUGCUGGAACGGAGCCGGCAGCCCUAGAGGGGAAAGGCCCCGUGCCCCAUUCCCUGCCCCAGCCAGUCCCCACCCUCUGCCUUGGGGCUGAAGGGCAGCCGGCGCCCCCCGAGGCUCUUGUCCAUUGUUUAUGGGUCUGUUCUUCCUUGGGCCUUUUCCUGCUUUGAAAUAAACUGUAUCUCUGCAUCCAAA